CGCCUUCGAGAUUUCCCUCUGUAUCUUUUCGGUGGUCGGCUUCGCCAUGGCGCUCUCUUCGGCGGUCCGUCUCAUCUGCCUCCUGCUGCUCGUAGUAGCGAAUCCUCCACCGUGUUCCGCAGGACACGAUUACGGUGACGCAUUGCGGAAGAGCAUCCUCUUCUUCGAGGGGCAGCGCUCCGGUAAGCUCCCGCCAGACCAGCGAUUGAAGUGGCGGAGAGACUCUGCGCUGAGAGACGGAGCUCACGAAGGAGUGGACCUGACGGGCGGUUACUACGACGCCGGCGACAAUGUGAAGUUCGGCUUCCCGAUGGCCUUCACGACGACACUGCUGGCGUGGAGCGUCAUCGAUUUCGGGAGGAGCAUGGGCCCGGAGCUCAAUAACGCCGUUAAGGCCGUUAAGUGGGCGACGGACUAUCUGUUAAAAGCAACGGCGGUCCCGAACACUAUCUACGUGCAGGUGGGGGACGCUUUCUCGGACCACAACUGCUGGGAGCGGCCGGAGGACAUGGACACGCGACGGACUGUCUACAAGGUGGACACUGCGCACCCCGGAUCUGAUGUGGCGGGCGAGACUGCUGCGGCACUCGCAGCCGGGUCGAUCGUGUUCCGGUCACGUGACCCCGCGUACUCUAGCCUCCUCCUCAACAGAGCCGUUAGCGUCUUCGAGUUUGCUGACAAGCACCGGGGUGCGUACAGUAGCAGCCUUCACUCUGCGGUUUGCCCUUUUUACUGCGACGUGAAUGGGUAUCAGGAUGAGUUGCUUUGGGGAGCAGCAUGGUUGCACAAGGCAUCGAGGAGGCGGGAAUACAGAGAGUACAUAAAGACGAACGAGGAGGUGUUGGGAGCUGGAGAAACCAUUAAUGAAUUCGGUUGGGAUAACAAGCAUGCUGGUAUUAACGUCCUCAUUUCCAAGGAAGUGGCGAUGGGAAAAGCUAACUACCUACAGUCGUUCAAGCAAAACGCUGAUAGCUUCAUCUGUUCGCUGUUGCCGGGAACAUCUCGCCCUCAAAUUCAAUAUUCACCAGGUGGGCUGAUCUUUAAAGCUGGAGGAAGUAACAUGCAGCACGUGACAUCGCUGUCUUUCUUGCUUCUGGCUUACUCCAACUACAUAAGCCACUCCAGGCAGCUCGUGCCAUGUGGCAAGAUCUCCGCCACCCCAGCUCAGCUCAGACGGUUGGCCAAACGCCAGGUGGAUUACAUUCUAGGCGAUAAUCCUAAGAAAAUGUCAUACAUGGUGGGCUAUGGUAAUCACUACCCUCUACGCAUACACCAUCGGGCCAGCUCAGUUCCGUCCGUGGCAUCUCAUCCGGCCCACAUUGGCUGCAAGGCUGGAUCACGCUACUAUCUCACCCCAAACCCCAACCCUAACAUUCUUGUGGGCGCGGUGGUUGGUGGGCCUAACAUCACGGACGAUUUUCCGGACUCGAGGCCAUUCUUCCAAGAGUCAGAGCCCACAACCUACAUCAACGCGCCAUUGGUGGGCCUACUUGGGUAUUUUUGGGCCCAUCCUAACCCCACAUAAUGAUGGUAGCUUGUAAAAGCACAGAGUGCGUAUUAAGCACCGUGCGUACCCUAGGAAAAUAUUAGCUGAUAUAAUCAUAAUUCAAUAUAGGAAGCUGCAUUUUGUAAUUACUAGCCUAUUUCUUUUAAUGCAAAAAUGGGUGUUUGGAAAUUUUCA